UUUCCCCUCCCCCUUUCCCAUUCCUUUCUACCUCAUACCUUUCGUCUAGUUGACACGGCAGUGGAGAGCUACUCCUGUCGUCUAGAUUAUCAUGGCUACCCCCGAUGCUCAUCACCUCUUCCAUAACCCAAUUGCCGAUCACUCUUUCUCAUCUGACAAGUCAACCCUUGCAGUUGCCCGGGAUAGCAACGUGGAGCUCUAUCAGAAGUCAGACAACAAGUUCUCUUUGACCGAUGAGCUUAAGGGUCAUGAGAAGACGGUGACUGGGGUAGAUAUUGCCCCCAAUAGUGGCCGUAUCGUCACCUGUUCGCAGGAUCGCAACGCCUACGUUUGGGAACGGACUGCCUCGGGGUGGAAACCGACGCUUGUUCUUCUCCGGAUUAAUAGGGCGGCUACUUUCGUGCGGUGGUCACCAUCUGAGCAGAAAUUUGCUGUUGGAUCCGGUGCCCGCGUGAUUGCGGUAUGCUACUUUGAGGAAGAGAAUGACUGGUGGAUCUCGAAGCACCUGAAGAAGCCCAUCCGGAGCACUAUUACUACUCUUGCCUGGCAUCCAAACUCUGUCCUCCUGGCUGCGGGCUCGACUGAUUCUCACGCCCGGGUCCUCUCUAGCUUCAUCAAGGGCGUCGAUACACGUCCUGAGCCGAGCGCCUGGGGUGAACGCCUGCCAUUUAACACAAUCUGUGGCGAAUACCUGAAUGAUUCAGCGGGUUGGAUCCAGGGAUUAUCCUUCUCUCCAAGUGGGGACGCGCUUGCCUUUACUGGUCAUGACAGCAGCGUCACUGUCGUAUACCCGAGUGCGCCUGACCAGCCCCCUCGGGCGAUGUUGAAUAUCGCUACUCGCCUUCUACCAUUCAACAGCCUGAUCUGGAACGGUGAAAAUGAGAUCAUUGCUGCAGGCCACGAUUGCGAACCGUACCGUCUUCGUGGUAAUGAGAGUGGAUGGCAGCUCACCGGGACCAUCGAGAGCAAGGAAGGACCAGGUGCUGGGAGUGCUCGCGAAGAGUCUGCUCUUCACAUGUUUCGCCAAAUGGAUCUCAAAGGACAAACCCAAGCCGAUACCCAACUUAAGACCACGCACCAAAAUACCAUUAGCACGGUUAGGGUCUACGAAGAGGCCAAUGGUGUUGUGUGUCAAUUUAGCAAUACUGUCAAAGACAAUGAAAAGGAUCUCAGCGCUAUGAUAGCUUUCUAUGCAGCUUGCUUUCUGUCCCCCUUCAUCCUCACCUGCUUCUCCCUUAUCUUCCCGGUUCGUGCAUUCGUUCGUCAUGAAGCGGACCGGAUACUUCCUAUUCAAAUCCUACGUCCUGUUCCCCAGGGGCUAUAUGACUCACUGGAAGAGCUUGCGCGCGUGGUUGAUGUCUCUUAUUGUGUUGGCAGCACGGGGCUUCAAAAGCCCUUUGAAUGCCUGAGUCACUGUGGGGACCUCAGGGGGUUUGAACUAUUAACCACAUGGAAUACUGGCCCAUUCCUUUCGGAUUCCUGUGGCUACAUCGCACUCUCCCACCCGCCGUCCCCUAACCGCAUCAUCGUUGCCUUCCGCGGUACCUACUCCAUCGCAAACACCAUUGUUGAUCUGUCAGCCUACCCACAAACUUAUGUGCCAUACAAAACAGGAACCGAGAAUGGUGGCGAAGGACCGCGAUGCCACAAUUGUACUGUUCAUGCGGGGUUCAUGACUUCCUGGCUGAACACGCGUUCGAUUAUCCUCGACCAUGUCGCGGCAGCAAGGGAGCAAUACACUGACUACGAGCUGGUUCUAGUCGGCCACUCGCUGGGUGGGGCAGUUGCUGCGCUGGCUGGGAUCGAGAUGCAGCUGCGCGGCUGGGAACCUACGGUGACAACGUUUGGGGAACCGAAGGUUGGAAAUAAGGGCUUUGCCGAGUUUCUCACCAGGUUGUUUCGGCUGGAGGGCGCAGCGGGGGACGUCUCGGGUCAAAAAUGGCAGUUUCGCAGAGUCACGCAUGCUCGUGAUCCUAUACCCCUUCUGCCGAUGGAGGAAUGGGGGUAUGUGAUGCAUGCGGGGGAAAUUUUCAUCUCCAAAGAAGAUCUUCCACCGUCCGUGGACGAUGUUCAUUUCUGUGAGGGCCCAAACGAUGAACGAUGCAUAUCUGGAGCGGAAGGGGAAAGGGCCUUAGCUAUCGCUCUCUAUGAAACAGUCUCUCUGGCCACGCAUGCGAAAGCACGCGCUGAUCGGACUCACGCUGAUCGGACUUGCGCUAAUCCUACCAAGCAACAGGCCCUGUCGAGCGGACAUCAACAGCCUCUGCACAUACAGGAUGCGGAUGCCCAGCACAGGGGCUUGUUUGGCCUACCAUGGCAUCUCAUCCCUACUAAAUACCGGCUGUGGGAGCUCUUCUUCUCCCAUCGAGACUACUUCUGGCGGGUUGGGCUUUGCAUCCCUGGUGGAGACCAAACGGGUAAGGGGUGGUAGAUCUAUCCGAUCCGAGUGGCAGGUGCUCUUCGCAUCUCAGAAGUAUCAUGUGCGUCAUAUAGGGGUGUGUGGCAGUCAUUGCAGGCAACCGUAGGCGUUGGGCCUCCUAGAUGGAUUGAGAUCCUUUAAUCUGCUUUCACCUUGUACAUGGAGCAAUGCAGGUCUAGCUUAGGGAAGCGAUAAUCAACGAAAUACACCAUGCAAUCUACUUGUCCUAAUCCCACCUCCGCUCAACCAGAUGGCCAGCCUAUGAGUACAUACCAGAGAGCGCAAGGGCCCCAAACCAUCUGCAAGCCAUCUGCAAACCAGUCAGAAUAACAUAUCAUGCAUGACCUGCGGGGUUACGGAGCCCACUCAGGAGUGAACGCACCCCACCCCACCACCAAC